CCUCCCCGCCUACACUCAUCUCUACUGGCUCCAUCCCCGCCUCUUUGACCUGUCUGUCUCCUCUACCCACCUUCCAUCCGCCUCCCCCUCUCUCCCUAUAUAUUUCAGAACCCCCUUCCCCUCCCCUAUUUCUGAAGGCGGUUCCAGGCCCGAAAAGGUUGUGCAACGUUGGAACAUUGUGGGUGGUGAUAGAGGUGUGAUCAUUUGAAUAUUUUUAAGGCAGAAGCAGAUGGAUUCUUGCUCAACAGAGGAGUCAAAUGUUCUCUGGGAUAGAAACUCAUGAAGCUGGAUAGAAUGUAUCCUCCCCCACAUUUGAUUUAUCUUCUAACCAGACUUGGACAGUGUGUUCUCUUCGAUGGCUGGCUGUUCCACCUGGCUAAAACCCGAUGAUCUCUGCUCCGUCAUACCCUGAGAGGUUUUAUUUGUGCGGACGUCCUGCUGGGUCGUUAAUGAAAGGAAUGACCAGAGAGAGGCGGCAAUCAGACUGAGCAGGACACACAAGCUCGAGGGAAAGGAGUCCGGCUGUGCCACUUUCUCCGAGCCCUGCAUUAGACUGGUUGCCUGUGGGGUGUGUAUGUCUGUGCAUACUAAUGACCUCUCGCCGUAUUAAUUAGAACACUCGGACCUUUGCUGUGAUGACCUAAGCUCUGCUCAUUCUCCCGCCUGUCUAUGCUGAGUGGUGAUUUCCCCCUAGGGAGACUCUCUGAUAAGGUGGAGAGUGUGCUCGGGGAGCCGGGUGUUGGGCCACAAAACACCUCCCGCAGUGAGAAUGGCCAGUUCAGCUGUAAUGCGCUUUACCGUAGUUGACUAUGUCAUCUUUGCUCUCCUCCUGAUCUUCUCAUCAGUCAUCGGCCUUUUCUACGCACUGAGUGGUGGGCGGCAGCGGACGACCCAGGAGUUCCUGUUGGCAGGCCGCAGCAUGACCUUCCUACCAGUGGCACUCUCCCUCCUUGCCACCUUCCAGUCUGCUGUCGCCAUCCUAGGCGUACCAGCUGAGAUCUACACCUUCGGUACUGAGUACUGGUUCCUCGGCUGCUCCUACUUCCUCGGGCUUCUCAUUCCCGCCCACAUCUUUGUCCCCAUGUUCUACCGGCUGAAGAUCACCAGCACCUACGAGUACCUUGAGCUGCGGUUUAACAAGGCAACGCGACUAUGCGGGACAUUGACCUUCAUUUUCCAGAUGGUGAUUUACAUGGGUGUUGUGCUCUAUGCACCUGCACUGGCAUUGAAUGCAGUGACUGGCUUCGAUUUGUGGGGAGCAGUGUUAACCAUGGGGUUAGUUUGCACACUGUACACAGCACUGGGUGGACUGAAGGCUGUAAUCUGGACAGAUGUGUUUCAGACGCUGGUGAUGUUUUCUGGGCAGCUGGCUGUCAUCAUCAUUGGAACAAAGGAGGCCGGAGGAAUCAGCGAAGUGUGGCGAAUUGCCAAAAACAACGGCAAGAUCUCAGGAAUUGACCUGAAUCCUGACCCCUUUGAGCGUCACACUUUCUGGACUCUGAGCUUUGGCGGUGUGUUCAUGAUGCUGGCACUUUACGGGGUGAACCAAGCACAAGUCCAACGCUACCUCAGCUCACGGACGGAGCAGCAGGCAAUUUUGUCGUGCUAUGUGGUGUUUCCAUGCCAACAGUUAGUUCUGGCUAUGGGAUGCAUUUUGGGCCUUGUUAUGUAUGCUCGCUAUGGAGAAAAUGGCCCCCUUCAGCAGGGUUAUGUCAACGCCUCUGAUCAGAUGGUGCUUUACUUUGUCAUGGACAUUCUUCAGCAUUAUCCUGGCUUACCUGGACUCUUCAUUGCCUGCCUGUUCAGUGGAGCACUCAGUACAAUAUCAUCUGCAUUCAAUUCGCUAGCUGCCGUCACCAUGACAGACCUGGUGAAACCUCAGUGUCCACACAUGACAGAGGCUCGAGCCACACUGAUAUCCAAGUGUCUCGCACUGGGCUACGGGUUGCUGUGUCUCGGAAUGGCAUACGUCGCGUCACUGAUGGGCUCAGUGCUCCAGGCAGCAUUGAGUAUUUUUGGGAUGGUUGGUGGUCCACUGCUUGGAAUCUUUUGCCUAGGAAUGUUUUUCCCCAUGGCUAACUCUAUGGGUGCAAUCUCUGGACUGGUAGCAGGAUUGAUAAUGGCAUUCUGGAUUGGAAUUGGCAGUUUUAUCUCCAACCGUGCAUCUUUUUCAUUCGUCAAUGCAACCACAAUCAAGAAUAUUAGCACUGCCUUGACAACUAACACCAUGACACCUGUCAACCUGACGACAGUAGCGCCAAACAGUAGCCUCACAGGACUGAAGAAGUUCUACUCUCUCUCCUACAUGUGGUACAGUGGGCACAAUGCAGCCACCGUAGUUAUUGUGGGACUGCUGGUCAGUUUCUUAACAGGCCCAGUGAAAGGAGAAGAUGUGAACCCGUCAACGGUUGUUCCGGUUCUGCGUUAUCUGCUCUUUUUCCUGCCAGAGCGAUGCAAGGAGAAGCUGAGUUGUGGAGUCCGCUAUCAUCCUGCACGCAAUGAACCCAGCUUGCAUCAUUCUCUCGUGCCAACCAAAGAGCCAAACGGGAUGAUAAAUAAUGACGUGAUGAGGAGAGAAGAGAAGCAGGAGUUUGGAGCUGAACCGCCAAAGGAAAUGGAAAUCAGGAAGGGGGAUCAGGCGGUAGAGGUCCUGCAAGAGACAUCUUUGUGAGAGUGGGUCCUGAAUGAUUAUGUACUCCCAUCGGUCAGUGGUGCUGGGAUAUCGCCUGGGAGAGUGAAAUAGUUGUACCAGUUUUUAACCAAGGAAAGCCCACAGCAUAUUGAUGUAACCCAUACUUCGUGGAUAGUUGGUGAUCUCGUCAUGCUGUGGUUUGCCUUUGCUAUAGUUUGGAGCAUACAUGGGACUAGGCGACUCAUAAAUGGGAAGCAGGCGGUCAAAGAAAGGGGGCUAACUAAUUAACCAUUUACCACCAUCUCUGUCGGAUUGACAGGCGGUGCCAUGGAUUCCACCCCAAUAGGUAAAUGUUGAAUGCAGCCCCUUUUGUUGACACGUUGCUAUUUUCUGAUGGGAGCCAGUUUAUUCCUCACCAGGUCCGCCAUUUUUUAGCAGUUAGCUUAAAGCUGGCACUUGAGCCAAUUUCAGUUUAGACUCCAGGUCUGGGUGGGCAGAGAAGUGGCAGGGGCAGAUCAGAAGCUUUACUUCCUCAGGACUUGGGCUACAUGUUGGGUGAAGUUUUCUUUUGGAGAGAAAGCAGAGUUAAUGUUUAACCCCCAGUCAUUAACCGUACUUUCUCCUUUAGUGUUUUAAUGAAAAUUUCUGGCUUGGAUUGUGGUUAGAGUUGUUGGUUAGAUCGCCAAGCUGACUGGUUUCCAUGCAAUGAUUUCAUCUCCCUUCUAGGUGAUAUGGUCAGUGCGAUGUAGCCUCCAUUGAAGCGCUGUUGUUCUAUCCUGCUCUGAAUUUAUAUGGUCUGGUCUGUCAUGGCGAGCAGUUUUGUUUCAAGUUUUAUACCGUGCUGGUAUGUAGAUGGGGUCUAUUCCAACGUGUUUGUUUACCCGUGGUUCACCCAUCUUCGGUCUCAUAGUGGAAACGUAUGCAAAGACUGAAAUGCACAGCCCUCCCCCAGAUCCAGCCUAAACUAUGGGUUAGAUACAUGGACCAUACUUUCAUUAUCAUUACACGAGCAAAGUUAGAAGAAAUGCUCCACCGUAUUAACAGAAUAUUCACUGUGAUCAAGUUCACCAGGGAAGAGGAGAACAGCAUUCAGCUCCCAUCUCCAUACAUAAUGGUGGAACAAACAACGGGUGAAUUCCUUACCAUUCAGAAAGGCUACACACACACACCAAAUCCUGAAUUACAACAGUAACCACUCCAGUGCACACAAACACUUAAAUCAUGUUAAAGUGAGUGAUAAUUCAUUGCAACGCCCCAGAGCUGUGCAAACACAAAAAGGAGCACCUGUACAGAAUCUCUAGAAAGAAUGUGUAUCCCAACACCUUAGUCUGCUGAUGCCUGACAACACCAAGAAGACACUGUACACCCCAACACAAUGGCCACCCUACCCUAUAUUAGAAACACAUCGGAACUGACUACAAAAAUUGUACAGAGAUGACCUCUUGGCAUAAGGAUAAUACAUAAAACAACAGCUACACUUCGCCAGCUACUCUCAAAGAUGAAGGACGCCAUACUCACAAAGAGCAGGACAAAUGUGAUAUGCAAAAUACCCAUUCCACAACUGCAAGAGACACUACAUAGGACAGACUGUCAGGAAACUUGCCACUAGGAUACACAAACACCAAUUUGCAGCAAAAUGGCACGACCAGCUCUCCCUCAUUCCGAUACACUCCAACACGCGCAUGUGAAUCUGUGGGCUGAAUUUGUAUUUGCAGGUACGUUCUGUUCAAAAAGCACACAAUUCAUAGAUAAUCAAUGUGGCGUUUUAUAAAUUCCUACUUUAGAAAUAAAACCAGUCUGAUCUGACUCCAAACCAAAACUCAAACAGAUUCUAAACAAGGCCUCACACGUGACAUGCACUGUCUGACCUAAAAUGUCACCUCUUCACAACACUAAUAAAACCUUUAAUUCUCCCAGGAUAGUGACUUGAAAGGAAUCCAGGGAUUUACAUACACAUAUUAAUCAAUUAAAACCUUAUAACUGAUUAAAGAUUUAAUAACAUCUUGGUUUGUUUAGUACAUCCUCUUCUGUGGUGUGGCCCUUUGAUCUUUUACUGAUAAAUUCUGUGUCUGAUACUAUCCCUCUCACUAACACCUGAAGGAGGACUGAGGCUCCGAAAGCUUGUGUUUUCAAAUACACCUGUUGGACAAUAACCUGGUGUCAUGUGCUUUCUAACUGGGGCAAAGUUACAGUACUCGGACAAGCAAAACAAAGACAAGAAUUCCCGGAGGCUUGGUUUUCAACCAUUGAUGCAUUAAACAAACAUAAUGAAAUAGAUCCCAUCUACAUACCACUCUGGUACAAAACAAGACUGCCCACUAUGACAGAGAUAAUGGGAACUGCAGAUGCUGGAGAAUCCGAGAUAACAAAGUGUGGAACUGGAUGAACACAGCAGGCCAAGCAGAAUCUUAGGAGCAGGAAAGCUGACGUUUCGGGCCUAGAUCUAUUUCAAUUCAGAGUGGGACAGAACAACAGUGCUUCCUUGGAGGCUAUACAGUACUGACUGUGUCACCUAGAAGGGAAAUGAAAUGUUUGCAUGGGAACCAGUCAGCUUGGCGAACCAACCAACAACUCUGCUCUCUGUCCACAGAUGCUGCCGGACCUGCUGACUUUUCCCAGCAAUUUCUGUUUUUGUUUUGGAUUACCACAUCUCCAGUUCUUUGAUUUUUUAAAAAAAAUUUGGUAUUUAAUAUUUUUCAAAGUUGGAAUGUACUAAUGACUGGUUUGUAUGGUGACAGGCAGGUACUUUCCUACUUUUGCUGACAGAGACUCAGUUCUUGUUGUUUUGAAAACUUGGUUGAGUUAAGGUCUGAGCUCGCUGCUUCUUGUUAUUCCUUUAACCCAAUCAAGAGUCCGCUACCCCAUCCAGAGGUUUCUGUUAUUGCUACGCUGUAAUCUAUUGAAAUGAGAUGCACAAGCACAGCCUCACUGAGUGAGGAUUGCCACUUCCCUUCCCUCCUUCCCUGCCCAAACUCCUUCCAGCUCUCAGUCCUGUACCUCAUGACAGCUGAAUUUGAGGGGGCAUUUGAGGCUGUGGGAAAUCUGCCGUUUAGUCUCCAGUACAAUGAAUCCAAUGCUUCCAUUCACUAGAUGUCAGUCUGGUCUCGUUUGGUCGCACUCUGGACUCAAGUUCUUUUAUUUAUUAAUUGGCUAGCCCAGUAUUUAUUAGCUAUUCCUAAUUGCCCAAAGGCCAGUUAAGAGUCACCCAUAUUGUUGUCUGGAGUCAAAUAUAGGCCAGACUGGGUAAGGAUGGCAGAUUUCUUUCCCUAAAGUGCAGCAGAUGAGUUUUUAUGACAAUUGACAGUGGUCAUCAUUAGAAUCCUAAUUCCGGUUUUUUUUAAAAUUCAGACUCUCAUCACUGAUCAGAUGCCCAGGCCAUUGCCUGGAUCUCUGGAUUAAUAGCCCAGUGACAACAACUUCAGGCUGUCAUCGUUCCUUAUUCCCUUGCUCAUUCUUCAUUUAAUUACUUAUUUUUAAAUUGCGAUAGUGCUGUCCUAUUGACAUUCCUGAUACACUGACGUUCAGGGCCUGGCUCAGUGGGUGACCUGACUACAUCAGUCUUUCCUCAACAUUAGUUUUGCAUUGUAAUACUGCACUCUGAGUAGAACUGUGGUUUCUAAUGCUCAUGACAUGCAAUGUGAGUUUCUGACUAUCUUGCAUACUUGUAUGAUUCAGUUUUCACCGUCCAUGUCAGCACAAGGUGAAAUCGCAUGAAAGAUAAACAAAACACCGUAAAUGUCAGACUGAAGUCUCACCUUUCACUCUCUUGUGGUCACUCUGAAUUUUCACCUUGUGGAAAGUUACACUUGUUUGGUAUUAGAACUUUUCUUUAAAAAGUUAUUGCAGAUUUGUCAAGCUUGUUUCAUCCCUAAACAUGAACAUGCUUUUGUUAUUGUCUAUAAUCCAGGAAAAGGGAGUUCAAAAACAUGACAGUUCGAAAACUUAAAUGAAAAUUGCGGAAUAAAAGGCUCAUAUCAGUUAAAAUGGCCAUGAAUCUGUCUGAUGGUCCUAAAAACCCAAAGUGAACUGGAUUUUACGACAGUUGACAAUAGCAACAUGUUCGCCAUUAGACUAACUUCUUCUAAUUAGGAUUUUAUGGAAUUCAGAUUUCACCAUCUGCCUUGGCAGGAUUUGAACUAAUCCCCCCAUUGCUAAUCCAGUGGAAUGACCUCCACACUUCUUUUAUAGCGAGUUUUGAGACGAUUUGUAGCUCAGGUUGAGGUUCUGGAUGUGAGUUUGCUCGCCGAGCUGGAAGGUUAGUUUUCAGACGUUUCGUCACCAUU